ACGAUAGGACGCAUAAAAGCCACAGCCAGAGCAGGGGAUCAUUACAUUGUUAACAAGUCACAAUGACCUCUUCCAAAGUUUGGUUCAUAACGGGGUCGUCCUCAGGAUUCGGAAGAUCGAUGACAGAGUAUGCACUCAGCCGAGGCGACAUCGUAGUGGCAACCCUCCGCAAGCCACAAGUCCUAACCGACCUCGAAGCUCGAUACUCAUCAGACAAGCUCCUCGUACUCAAAGUCGACGUUACGAAGCAAGAAGAUAUCGACGAAGCAUUCGCGCGCACGCGUUCGGCGUUUGGACGGCUGGACGUAGUGUUCAACAAUGCCGGAUAUGGAAUUCUCACCGAAAUCGAAAGCACGCCGGAUGAUAAAGCGCGUGAGCUUUUCGAGACUAAUUUUUGGGGCGCGACGAACAUUAGUCGUGCUGCUGUGAAGUUUUUUAGAGAGGUGAAUGAAGUGGGAAAGGGGGGGAUAAUCCUUCAAGUUAGUUCGGCUGCUGGGUUUCAUGCGCUUCCUGGGUUGAGUUAUUAUGCUGCAUCAAAACAUGCGCUGGAGGGGUUCUCAGAUGGUCUCGCAAAAGAGCUGCCGGCUUCCUGGAACAUAAAUGUCUGCAUCAUUGAACCCGGAGGAUUCUACACAAAAGGAGCCGAAGGGGCAACGGUGUUACCGCAGCACCCAGCAUACGCCGACGAAUCCCUUCCGAGUUCCGUGCUGCGUCAGAUGCUAAAGGGUGUGGUUUUUGAAGGAGAUGCGGACAAGUUCACACAGACUGUGUAUGAGGUCGUACAGGGCGGAAAGAUACCGAAGCGGUUGCCUAUGGGUUUGGAUGCUCUUGAGAUGCUGAAUCUUAGGAUCGAGGAUUUGAAGGCAACUGUGGACGAGACGAAGGGAUGGUCAGCGGAUUUGAGGAGAGCCGAGGGGGGACUCAGAAUACGUGCCUAAAGUUGUAACAGGCAAGCACACGCGAGGGGGAGGAAGAGUCCUAUCAUUAUUGGCUCGUUAUCCAAAGGAACGGAAAUGUAAUGCUCGCAUCUCAGUGUCUGGAAGAUGACAGAGAUGCUGGGAUGACGAAGGCGUUCUUUUAAGUACGGCUAAAGUAGUAGAUACGAACAUAUUGAUUUGAGACCAAAGGCACGCCUGAAAUAACGACUCAUUGCGCUCGUACCUAGUCCGAGCAUCUGUCACACGAGUCGGUCCUGGUACCUCAC